AUGACGCACGUUCUAAUUCUCUCUGUCAUUUUCGGUAUUUGUUGUACGUUAGCGGAGAAAAGUGAUAAUACGACAACGACCGAAAAUUCAAAGAAUCUUUCCAAUUCUAAAGACAAAUUCUUGGCAAAUGCCAUUCAUGGUAAAAACUUGUCGGAGCUUGCUCUGGAUAACAUUGACGUCGAAGAAACAAAAAAAACGGAUAAGAAACCGAGAACCGUUUUACAUCGCGACUCGAGUCUCGAAAGAGAUAAUUCCAGUUGCUGCAGUUCUAAAUACAGUUCCAGUGGAUUGGCACGACCGGAUUAUAAUUACAACAGGAUUCCUUCAGAGACUGGACGGUAUUCCUCCCAAUAUAGCGAGCGUCAACCCAUUGAUAGAUACGGAUGGCAAACGCAAGGUCGGCUCCCAGGUUCCAUCGGAAACGGUGAUAAGCCCGGAGGAAGCGGAAACGGAGUUUACGCAGGAAGUCAGUUGGGAGACAGGUAUGGACCACGUCCAGCAAGUGAAACUGCUAAUAGACCCAUCACUUUGGGAUAUGGCUCGGGAAAUGGUGGAGGAUACAACUCGGGAAACGGUGGAGGAUAUGGCUUUAUUGUUAAUGGUUAUGGAGGCUAUGGUAGACCAAUUGGACAUGGAGGUUCGAUCUAUGGGAUUUCGGGAACAUUGGCCGAUGGUGACGAAUUCGGCCCAAGUGAUGCGAAUUAUCCGGAUGCAAGCACACCACAAGGAAAUAUUCAAGCACAAAAGGCAAUAGCAUUAAAGGCUUUAGCAGGCGUUGCAUUAAUUGGGGCAGCAGCAGCGUUAGCUUCAAACCCUGUUCUUCUGCCAAUCAGCUUCGUGUCUGGUAGAAGAAAAAGAUCAGAGACUUUCACGGAGGAAGAGCAAGCCAACUUCCAAAUGGAUUACAUUUUGUACAUGUUGAGGGAAAAUUUAGCUAAGAUACAAAAAGAUGGUUCAAGCAGCAGACUUGUGAUUUCUCCAAGAUGUGUCGCCAAGUUAACUUGCGAAAUUCAGAAAGAUUACUUGUCCGAUGUCGGAAAAGACGUCGAGAUCUUGAAUACAAAUCGGAGAUAUCAUCUUAGCAAUCUAAUACGAAAUAAUGUACUCAAUACCAAUACGGUGAGCACAUCCAUAAAGGACUUAAUCAAGCUGGCUAUCGACGUAGCAUCGAAAAAUAAAAACUGCGACGUGUUUACUUGUAAUUACAUAAGGAAAGCUUAUAAGUAA